AUGAUGAUGAUGAAGAUGAACACUACAGAUAAUCAUUUGUCUCAUACAACUGGUGGUGUUGGAGAUUCAGUUAGCCUUUUUGAAAAUCCAGAUGGUUCAAUCAGUGGAGAGUCUGGUUCAUUAGGACGACCAAUGCCAAAUUCUGUAUUGGAUUCUAUCAAUCCUGAUUGGAUUCCAUUACCUGGUUUAAGUAAUAAAAAUCAUCUCCCUGUCAAUGAACAUCAAUCAACAAUGCUGCCGCAUAGCACCACUGUAUUUGGUUAUUCACAUGAACAACUUAACAAUCCUGAUGAUGAAAAUGUUGUUAGUCAUAACGAUGGAAUAAAUCACGGUGAUCAGACGACUACUGAAGUUGAUGAUGAUGAUGAUGAUGCUGAUGGUGGGGGCGGCGGUGGUGGCGGUGCUGGAGGUGGCGGCACAACUACUGAAGAUACAGAGGAUGGUGAAACGGAUGAUGAGAAAUUAGAUCAUAAUAAUGAUAGUAGCAGUAGUGGAACUCAUUUGGAUCAGCCACAAAAACCACAAGUUUUAUAUCCAAAUCAAGCAAUUCCAUCACCAGUUUAUACAAAUUUAAAUGAAUUAAAGAAAGCAGCUGCACGUAAAUUUCAAAAUCGCAAUUCUCCUACUGUGAAUACAAUCCAGAGUAAAAGUGAAACUCUACAGAAUAAUGAUAACAAUCGUAAAUUCAGUUUACAACUGAAUAAUAAUGAAUCAAUGCUUACUCCAACAGGCUUAGGUGAAUCAUUUCAUGUUAGUGAUAUAAACAACAAACUGAAUUCAGAUUUACCACAAUCUUCUUCUCAUUUCAUUUGGCCACCAAUAACAACAUUAGAUUCUGUCCAUAGUAGUGAUUAUAGAAUGUCAGAGAUCAAUUCUCCUUCAAUUAUACAAUCAUCAAUGUAUCCAUCCACUACUUCUGUUACUGCUAUUGCUACUCUACCAUCAAAUGGAAAUACUAAUAAUACUACUACUAAUAAUAAUAUGAGUAGUUUAUCUGAUGCAACACAAUCUUCUACAUUUGACAAUAAUAAUAAUAAUGAUAUUGGUUACAUAAAUACCAUAGUUAAUUCUGGUACAUCAACAUUUCGACGACGUCAAUCGGAAUAUUUUAAAAAAUCACUAGAUUCAACAUUAUCAAAUGGUGGAGUGUGUUCAUCUCCUCCACCUCCUAUUGCUCCUUUACCUAUUGCUCCUUCUUCAUUAAGUCCAUCAUCUUCUAUUGGGAAAAAUGCCAAUAAUUAUGCUUCAGUGACACCAGGUUUAAUACGUCGUGGUAGUCAGGCAUAUCAACAAACUCCUCAAAUUGGUACACGUCAUUAUGAUCGUCCAGUAGUUGUACAUCCACCAAGACGUUCAAGUAGUGUUAGUCGUGAAUUAGUAUCACAUAAUUCUGUGUUAAACAAUAAUAGCACUGUGAACAAAAAUAGCAAUAAUCCAAAUCAGAGUUUGCUAACAACUAAUCAACAUCAACAUUAUUCACGUUUAAAUUUAUCUGAUUUUGCUGGUAAUAAAAAUCCAUCAUUAUUUAAUUCUUCAUCAUAUGAACAAUCUACUACUACUAAUACUACUUAUAACAAUAAUAGUAGUAUAAAUAAUAAUGAUAAUAAUUUUCAUCAUCAACAGUACCAACCACCACAACAACAGCAACAACACCUUCAGCAGCAUCAAUCGAAUUUACUUCAACGAAUCAAUCCGAAUGGUACAGCUGCAUCAUCGAUGCUACAACAACACCAGCAUCCGUAUAGACAACAGCAACAUCAACAAGAUAUGUUUCCUUUGCCUUGUUCUCCGUCGACUAUGAAUAAUAACAAUUCACAUUAUUCACGAAUCUAUCAAAAUAAUCAUAAUCAUAAUAAUAAUAAUGGUAUUAUGAUGACUGGUCGUGAUAGUCCUAUCCCUGUUAGUCAUAUAAAUAAUAAUAAUAAUAAUCUAAGUAGUAAUACUACUAAUAAUACUACUAGUAAUAGUAAUAGUAGUCAAUUAAUGUUUGGUGUAAAAGUUCUACCGAAUAUUGUCACAUCACAACAAUUAUUGAAUAAUAACACUGCUGUCAACAGUCAACAUUAUCAUCAUCAGCAUCAGCAACAUCAAUCGAGAUUACCACAAAGAGGUGGAUUAACACGUCAGACAAGUUGUGAACCGCCAACAAUUGGUUCAUUAAUGAAUCAUCAUAACACCACGAUUGGUGGAGGUGGAGGUGGAGGUGGUGGUGGUGGUGGUUUAUUAAGAUCACAAACUUUAUUCCCUCCUGAUCGACAGUCGUCAUCAUCAUCAGUAUCGAAUGAAGAGUAUUUGCAACACCCACAACAUCAACAACAGCCACAAUCUCAUUAUUCUAGUAAUAUUCAUAAUUUAAAACAAAAUAGUUCAUUUUUACAAUCACGACAACCAACUUCGUCGGAUAAUGGUGGGGGUCCUGCUUUGAGAGGACAACCACCACAACAACAAUUGUUUACAGAUGAUAGUGUAACUAGUUUCAUUGAAUAAUCAAUAAAUUAUUUAUUUGGAAUAAUAAAAGUCACAGCAACAAACAAACUAGCAAACAGACAAAUGGUAAUAUUCAUCAUUGGCCUUUCUUUAUAUAGUCUAUAAAUAUUUCAAUGAAUUACACAAAUGCAAAUUUAGCAAGUGUUUUUUGAUUUUCUCUUUCUCUCUCUCUCUGUGUUGUCAUUCAUUCAUUCAUUCAUUCAUAUAAAAUGACACAUACAUAUAUCCUUGUCUCAUCAUUGAUUAUCAUCAAGUCUCUCUCUAUACACACACACACACAAACACACAUGUAUGUUUGUUUCUUUUCCAUAAAUAAUUUGUAUAUUACUUGUCACAUUAUGUCAUCUAUUGCCUUUCUACUACUACUAUUACUACUUCUUGAUAUCUAACCACACCCCCCCCAUUGAUCACAUGCAUUAUUCAGGUUUUGAUAUUAUUAUUCUUCUUCUUCUUGACGAUGAUUAAUUACAUCAUCACUAAACAUUUCUUCAUCAUCAUCAUCAUCCUAUAUGUACAUGGUUUACUUGUCUUUUUAUUCUUCUGCUUCUAAAAUUUCAUUUGUUUUUAUUUCUUUUUUGUUUUAAUAAUUUCAAAUUAUGAAUGUUCAAUAUUUGGCGCCAUUUAUUUGUAUUUAAAUUAUGAUCAUGAUUAUGAUUAUUAUUAUUAUUCAUAAUGAUGUCUUCCUUUUAAAUUGAAGAAGAAUACUUUUUUAUAUUUCUUCUGUGUAUU